GGAUUGCAUCUUUAAAAAAUUGGGGUGGCUUUUUAGGUUAAAAACCGCUACAGAAAUCAGAUCAUGAUAUCAAUCAGCAGAAAGCAGCAUCCCAUUUAGGUCCAGACAAAAAAUCCUUUGAUGUGAUUUUAGAAUUACCAUUUAGUAUUCAUCUUCAUCUAUUCAAACCUUUGCCAUCACAUAAUUUUUGUUUUGCCCCCACCGCCUCCAUAAUCUCUGCUGGCAACUCAACAUUUAAGAUUCAACCAUACAUCUCUCUUAGUUGGUUCAGUCAUUCACUUAUAACUCCAACUACCAAUGCUAUCUUUGUUGGUUGUGCUAUCCUCAACUGUCCAUCUCUCUCUCUCUCAUUUAAUUGCUUCAGUUAUAUUUACUCAUCUAACUCCUUCCUUCAAGCAUUAGAAGUACAAAACUAGUUUAAUCUCGUUUUCUUGUAUCCAUCAUUCUCUUCUUUACCAAAGCCCAUCUAGGUAAAAUGGGAAUUUGGUCACUUCCCUUGUUUUGGGAUGAGUUCUCAAGAUUCUUGGCAACAUGGUUCAGAAAAGAUAAGAACUUUCUGGGUAAUUUCUUUAACUUCCCAAGAAUCUUGACCCCAAUGGAGAAGUCUACUCUGAUGAAGUUCAGAUCAUCAGAAAAUGUGGAGUGGAGAGGGGAGACCACUUUCCUUGAUCUGCCAGACUUGGCUAUGGACUGCAUUCUUGAGAGGCUUUCACCUGCAGAGCUAUGCAGCAUGGGUAAGGUCUGCAAUUCAAUGAGGGAGAAGUGUGUGAGUGACCACUUAUGGGAAAAGCACAUUAAUCAGAGAUGGGGGAGGUUGAUCGGGAAUGCUGCCUAUAGAGAAUGGGAGUGCCACAUUGCGUCAAGAAAGAGGUCUCUCCUGCAAAAUUACCAAGACCAGAAGGACAUUUUUGGGUAUUUAUCAAGUUUUACAAAUUUCCUGUUUCAUAGAGAGGAAGCAGAAGAAGAAAAUAGAUUCAAGAGCCUUUUGCCUAAGAACUCACUCAUGGCUUUAUAUUUCUCACUUGAAAGUGGCGUGUUCUGGUUUCCUGCUCAGGUUUAUAACCGCGAGAAUGGGCAACUUGGGUUUGCAUUAUCCUGCUAUGAUGCGGAAAUCAGCUAUGAUUCUAAUGGAGAUACUUUCAGGGCAAGGUAUCUGACAAAAGGGUGGAGGUCCACAGAGGAAAACAUAGAGAGGAAGAGGAUAAGGGCACCACCUGUUGAUACCCCUACUUAUGAUCUCCAUACCUCUGAUUGCUUGAAUGAUUUAAAACCAGAUGAUCACAUUGAGAUACAGUGGAGAAAAAGCAAAGAAUUCCCUUAUGGUUGGUGGUAUGGAGUUGUUGGACAUAUGGAAUCAUGCAGUGGCAACAAAAUGAUUUGCCAAUGUCAUAUAAGUGACAUGGCUAUAUUAGAGUUCAGGCAGUACUCCCCUGGUUCAAGAUGGAGACAGAUAACAAUAAACAAGAAAGGCCAUCAAGAAGUAGGGAAUGAAGUAGAUGGUUUCUAUGGUGGAAUCAGAAAGCUUUCCAAUGAGGAUGAGAUCACAGCAUGGAAGUGCUUUUGGC